UCCCAGGGCCUGGUAAUGGGUCCCAGAUGCUGCCAAGCCGCUAAGCUGCUCCGGCUUGGGAACUUCCCCGGCCAUAGACUCCCAGCGCCUGCCUCCGCCCCCACUCCAGGGCGUGCUCCUCCGGGGCCUGCCCCGGCCUGGGCCUCUGGAUCCCGGCCAGCCGCUGCUGGGGCUGCCGGCGCUGAAGGGGGCGAUACGGGGGGCAGGGUGGUGGCCCAGGCCUAUGUGAACCAGAGAAAGUUGGACCAUGAGGUGAAGACGCUGCAGAUCCAAGCUGCCCAGUUCGCCAAGCAGACGGGCCAGUGGAUCAACAUGGUGGAGAACUUCAACCAGGCGCUCAAGGAGAUUGGCGACGUGGAGAACUGGGCGCGCAGCAUCGAGCUGGACAUGCGGACCAUCGCCACCGCCCUGGAGUACGUCUACAAGGGGCAGCUGCAGCCCUCCGGCUCCUGAGGCCCCGCCCGGCUGGAGCCCCCGCACCCCCCUGGCUGCCGGGCUCAGGACCCCCCCCCCUCGCUGGCCCCAGCUGCACCUCGCCUGGCACCCGCCCAGUGGGAACGGCCCAGCGGUUUGCCCCCUCGGCUGGGUGGAGGGAGCAAGGAAGAAACGAGCCGUCCUGCAUUGCCUGUGUCCCUGCCCGGGGGACGGGCACCGUCCUGCCAGCCAGCGGGGGUGUUGGGAACCCCGGCCGCAGGCACUUUGCUCUGGCCCUGGGGGCUGCUGGCCCGUCUGGUGCCCUGCCCCAGGGGGGAGCCGUUGGGUGUAGGCCCUGGUGCCACCUGAGCCUCUCACUGGCCUGCAGGUCGCAGAGGGCGUCUGGGUCGGGGAGGGGGGAGACGGGAUCUGCCCCCCAGCGCAGUGCUGCAGGGGGCACUGUGGGGGGCAGGGCAGGAGCACUGGCUCGGGUGGGGGGGGGCUUUGCUGGGGAAUGGAAUAAAAUGCAUCAGUUAAACCGGA